AUGGCUUCUAUCUACAUUUUUGCCAAAAAAGGAACCUUGACAGAAAGUCAGCUGCAGGGUUUCGACAGCAAAGGACUCGAUCACUUCGACUCGACCGACAAGACAACCCCCCUAGGCAUCGCCGUCCGCGAAAAGCAUUUUGCAACAGCGAGGCUUCUCCUCGAAUACGGUGCUGAUCCAAACUGCGGUGGAAAAGGAAUCCUCCCUUUGAUGCGACUAUGCGCGGCCCCAAAAGGCCUAGCCAACCACGAAGAGAGCCUGAUUCAACUACUGCUUGAGAAAGGAGCAGACCCAAACAUCAUAUAUCUAGGGUCUGCUGGAAAGUCCUCAACGCCGUUGAUUAGAGCCGUCAAGAGCCGCAAAUCGCUCGAUACCAUCAAAUGUCUGGUCGACCACGGCGCUAUGCCGAACGAAAAGGUCGAUGGCAAAUCGGCGCGGGACUGGACCAAGAAUCCCCAAGUCUUGAAUGCCAUGUUGUCCAGAUCGGAGCGAAUGAAGAGCCGUGCCUUGGAAGUGGCCAAGGUCACAGGAUUUCUUAUGUCGGCUGUUUAUUGGAUAAACAGGAAUAUCAAGGUUGCUGCCAGUGUGGGAGCCGCAGUUGGUACCGGCAUGGUUCUCAAGGAUGCGAUUGGAAAGCGGUUCGGAAUGUCAGGAAAGCUUCACAAGGACCUGGAAAUGCAUUUCGCAGAGGACCAGGCAUUCGAGGAUGCGAAGGAAGACGAGAAACAUGAUCUCAAGAACCGAAUGCGAGGGAUCAUUGAACAUUACAAGCUCGAUCGAUUCUUCCCAGAAGGCAAUCCUUUUCUCGAACACGUGGUGAGCAGGGCUGUGGACUUGGAUGUAUCCACUGUGGUAGACCCUAAGGACCUAGUUCAUUUGGCCCUUUAUCAGCCCGUUUUAUAUUGCGACGACAGUAAAUCGAUCAAAACCAAAGGGCGAAAAGGGUCUCUCCAUGACCUCGCUCUGCGCAUCGCUAGUAUCACCACCCGGCUGGUUCCUGAUGAUAAAGGAGUCGAGCUGCGAUUCAUCAACAAGCCAACAACAGGUGAAAUGUCCAAGCCAUCGUUGGAGAAGGUCGACGAAAUUCUAACCAAACUGACCCCUCAUGGGUGGACCGAGAUUGGCACGAAGCUCAAAACAAAUGUUCUGGAGGAGUACGUUUACAAGCAUCUCGAGAACAAUACAUUGGAGCGCCCGAUCCUGGUUUCGAUUAUCACGGAUGGCAACCCAAACGGGCAACCUGGCUCAAAUGAGCAUACCAACACCCUUAAAGAGGCUAUUCAAGAUUGUGGGAAGAGAUUGGAAGUUAAGGGAUAUGCACGAAAUGUGGUCCGGUUUCAAAUAAGCCAGAUUGGCGGGGAUAAAGAGGCGGUCGAAUUUCUGGAUAAUCUGGAAAAUGAUCCUGGCCUUAAAGACGUUCUCUACGUGACCAGCCAGCAGUUAGACAGCGAGUUCAAAGAACUACACGACAAUGAAGCUAGGCUUGAGCAAUGGCUUCUCCAGAUCUUGAUGGGUCCAAUUGUUGAUGCAGUCGCAAACUAG